AUGUUGGAUAGACUUCACAUGGGCACAGCUCGUGAAACCCUGCAAUCAUUUUGCCUUCCUCCUCUUCUCCACGGGGAACACUGUCUUCUCCUCGUUCUCUUUUUCUCUCUCUUUCUACAGGUACUGAAGGGUUUUCCAGAGUGCCUCCAGGCUGAUAUCUGUCUUCAUCUGAACAAAACUUUGCUCCAGAGCUGUAAGGCAUUUGACGGGGCAUCCAAGGGAUGCCUACGGGCACUGGCGAUGCGUUUCAAGACCACCCACGCCCCGCCGGGUGACACGCUGGUGCAUUGCGGUGAUGUCCUCACGGCCCUCUACUUCCUCGCCCGGGGCUCCAUCGAGAUCCUCAGAGAUGACAUUGUGGUGGCCAUCCUGGGUAAGAACGAUAUUUUCGGAGAGAUGAUUCAUCUGUACGCCAAGCCGGGGAAAGCCAAUGCGGACGUUCGAGCUCUGAGCUACUGCGAUCUGCACACCAUUAACAGAGAAGAUCUUCUGGAAGUGCUAGAAAUGUAUCCCGAGUUCUCGGACUCCUUCUUGACCAACCUGGAGCUUACGUUCAACCUGCGCGAUGACAUCGCCAAGGGUGCCACAGCCCCUCAGAGAAACCUCUACAUGGCACAGAGUGACUCUGAUGAAGAAGAUCCAGACAUCAGGACCAAACCCUGCUUAAAAAGCAAACACCCGGCAGGUACGCCGAACAGAUCGAGCAGGCCAGACAGGGGAAGGGGAAGAGAGAGAGAGUUUCACACGCUCCCGGGAGAGGAGGAAGAGGAGGGCGAGGAAGAGACAACCGGGCCACUGGGUUUGGGAGUUCUGGGUCAACAUCGUCUGGUCAACCUCAACACCAUCCCUGACGCAUACACUAGAGAUUGUGUUGAAAACUAUCAGAAAGACGUGUGCGCUGAAGAACGGCCUUGUGGGAAUGCGGAUGACUCAGCGAAAUCUCAGGACAAAGAGGGAGGAGACGACUGUGAAAGUGACAUUACAUUCGGAGAAAUGGAGCAGCGACUGGACCUACUGCAGGAACAUCUGAACAGGCUGGAAGUUCAGAUGACAUCAGACAUUCAGGCUAUUUUACAGUUGCUUCAGAGGCAAAGCGCUUUGGGACCUCCAGCAUACAGCACGGUGGCUGUCAGCCCCGAAUACCACAAACCAGUGCAGCCGGUCACUGCUAUACAGACACAGAGUCCCUAUCAAGAGAAAGUCAAAAGCAGUGAAGCCAAAGACUACACGCCUGCCGUUAUCCCAGAGAUGAGCUGUGAUGUCAGCACGGCGGCCGCAUUGAUCCCGGACCAACGGUGGGAGGCGGGGCCGAGGCCGAAACCAAUGGAAAACGAGUCCUCGGCAUCACAACAGCCAAGAUCACUCCAGCUGUCAAUCAGGCAAGCUUCCCUGCCCGACUCAUCACCCGGCAACGGCACGAAGCCGGAUCUCCACAGGCCCUUCUCCGAUCCUGGGCUUCCAGGGCAGUAACGUUAUAUCAGACAGAUUUAAUGUAUUACAACCAGUAGUAAAGCUAAAUAUGACACAUUUUUAGGGGCAAGUGAGAAUAGUAUAUAACAAUUCCUGGUAAUUUUGAGGUUUGAGUAAUAAUAAUAAGAUAAGAAUGCCUCAUAGAGGAGUCUCCUCUACUCCUGUAUACUUCUAACAUGUAACUAUGCAUAAACACAACGAAUUAUACAGAAAGCUCAACCUCUUCCCUUAGCAUCUAAAUCUUGACUCAGGGUAGAGAAUGCAAGAGUCAUAUGCAAAGAAUUGAAAAAGACCUUCCAUGUCCCAUAUAGUUACUUUAAAAGAAUAGUUCACCCGAAAAUGACAAUUCUCAUCGUUUAUUCACCCUCACGACAUCUUAGAUGUAUGACUUCCUUUUUUCAGUUGAGCACAAAUUAAUAGUUUUAUAUAAAAUGCAGUCACAAUUUUUUAUUAAAGGGAUAGUUUAGCCAAAAAUGAAAAUUCUGUCAUUAUUCGCUCACUCUCAUGUUGUUACAAACCUGUAUAACUUACAAAGGAAGAUAUUUUGGGGACUGUUUGUAAACAAACCGAUCAGAGGCCCCAUUCACUUCCAUAGUAGGAAAAAAUACUAUGGAAGUCAACGGGGCCUCUGAUUGCUGCUAGAUUAUGAAUAUCUCCCUUUGUAUUUAGCAUAUUUUUGGGGUGAACUAUCCCUUUAAUAUGGCUCCAUAAUGCACAUCCAUCCAUCAUCAAACUAAUCCAAAUGACUCCAGUAACUUAAUGUAUGUCUUCUGAAGCGAAACGAUUCAUAUCUUUAGCUAAAUUUGUGAAUCAAAAUGUAAACAAACACUGAGAAUUACAAUUUUCCAGUGAACUGUACCUUUAAAACUCAGUAGCGAGAUUAAAGCAGGUAACAGAUGCAUUAAUGCAGCACCAGCUCUGUGUGAAUCUGUAGAAGAGAGUUGUUCAUUUUGUAAAUAUAUCAACCGAGCUGGACACGCAGCCAUGAUAAUGAAAGAUGCAUGCUGGGAAAAGAAGCAGCGUAUAUUUUUUUGCAUGUUCAAAGACACUUGCAUUGUUAAUCAAGUGCUUGUUUUUGUCCUUAUAUCACCUAUUUGAGAUGAUUUAUAUAUGUAUUUAUUUACUUACUAUAAAUUUCCUGGUAUUCAGGAUGAAUCUUUACUUGAACUGAACUCAGCAAAGCAAAGCCUCACGAUCACACGUCAUCAUCUCAAUAUAUCACAUUAUUCUAACCCUAUCAGGCCUGGUACGUUAACGCUUGUACUGUAUACGCAGAGCCAACUAAACAGUUUAACAUUGUCAGUAUUGCAAAGUUGUGUCUCAGUAUUGAAUUUGACUAAACUUUGUUCAAACUGCGCACAAAUCCGGUUUGACUUCAGAUCGGAUCUUUGGGACGGAUUGUAUUUACUGUCAUUAAAAUGAGAUCCACUGAUUUAGACCAGAGGUCUUCAACCUUUUCACCCCUAAUGGAUAAAGAGGAGGAGCGGGGACCCCCAGUACAUGUAACAAAUUAAGACUGGAUUUAGAUAUAGAGGUGUUCUCGAGUCCAAAGAAAUGUACCGAACCCGACGUGCAUAAAUCUUUUUUUUUUAAGAUAAACCCGACCCGGGACAAAAUCUGAUAAAAAUUAGACCUGUCCCAGUGGCAUUUUUUUUUAUCCGACUGGACCCUAAUGUAAACGGCGCCGACGUGUGUGCAGACAGAAAGAAACCCGGUGGCCUCGCAACCAAUUUGGUGAGCUGCUCCAUUUAUUUUCAUUUGUUGUCUGACGACGACACCAAGGUAAUGUGCAUUCAAAAUUGAUUGACAGGUCUGUCUCAACGAAAAUUAACCUACCGCCACCCACACGAUGUCGCAAGCGCUCCUGGCAAACAUAGAGUUAGUGGAAAAGGACUCGAUGCACACCCGCAAAAUAGUUUGGGUCUUCUCGGGUCUGUUCGGCUAAAAUGCAUUCAUUUUAAUUUACCUGAGACCCAAUGCCGCUAAUAUUAUACCCGAAAUUGUCCGAGGGACACGUGAAACUUUCGGACCUUGGGUUUUCGGAUCUAAUGGUGCGUUUACACCAACCGCGGUAAAGGCGUGAAGCGCGAGUGAUUUCAAUGUUAAGUCAAUGUGCAGACGCGUUGACGCGCGUCAGGAGGUCCCGCGGCGCGGAAGAGGCGUUCGGCGCCGAGCGGAAGACGCGUUUCCGCCUCAUUCGUGCGUGAAGCUCGCGCGAAUUGAGCGUUGUGCGCGGUACGCGCGAAUGGUGCUUUUGUGCAUUUUGCGGUUCACGUUUAUUUGCGGCUGACGCCCGAGUUGAAAAAUUUGAACUUUGGCGGAAUUUUGCGCCGCGUUAACCAAUCAGGAGCCUGCCUGCUGCUGUGGUGGCAGCCCCGCCCGGAGUCACUCACUCAACCAAGGCUUGAUAUUGUCUGUAAGCAGUCACUCGGAGCUAUAUGGCACAAGUUGUUAUUCCUAUAGAGGAAUAAAAAGGACCUCACCUCGCUUGGAAGAGUGUCAGUAAGGACUUUUGGCAACCUGGUAAGUUGUAAUACACACUUCACUUUUGAGUCACGUGACGUUUAUCGACCGCGCCGUUUAUUUUCCCCCUAUAGUAAGGUUACCCAAUACAAACUGGUAACUCUCUUGAUAAAUGCACAAUCAACAUCAGUCAUCUUGCAAACAGACACUCGCACAGCAGUUGCCCCUCCCACAAGAAGCGGAUUUUGCCUCGGAUGCGCGUCAAAUGCUUGCUUUUUCCGCGCGUCUACUCUGCUCUACACGCGCGAAUGCAUUCAAAGUGUUCAAGCGGCAAACUAGGCGCGGUAGACGCGAUUUUGACGCCCAAAACGUGUUUGGUGUAAACUCAGCAUUAGUGGACCCGUGAAGACCUCUAAUGGGUAUGUUACAAAGAUAUUACAAUAAAUAUUUUGGCGUACAUAUGAAAAGUUUGGUUCCAAAACGCAAUAAAUCCUUUUGGACUAACUUCGGUAAAAACGUGUUUUCUAUACCAAGAAAGUGACAGAAAAUUGUGGUUUUCAUCUUAUUACAAAUUUUCACAUAGCAUCUAUAUAUAUAAUAAAUAUAUAAAAAAUAUUAUAAAAAGUGAAAAAUUUUCAUCAGUUUUUAUAAUAAAACUUUGAAAAUCAAAUUAUGGAUUUGCCAUCAAAAGUAUUAUUUUGUUUUUGUUUCUUUGUUGAUCACGAAGUAGAUGAGGUAAACUAGGAUUUCGUGUAUAUUCAAAGCGCGGCCCUUAUUGUUUACAAUGCGUGAAAUGGUACGCUGUGAUUGGUUAAGCGGAUUAAUGCAUUCUGCAAAUAAGGAGGAGUGGCGUUUAUCGCGGUUUGGAAAAAAAGGAAGAAAAGAUGACAGAAUAACACAGCGGAUAUCAGAUUUUGCGUAAAGUUAAGAAUGUACUUUUUAAUACUGACCAGAUACAAUACUGAUUUUGAUGGUAACAAUUUUUUAAAAUGCCGUUUAUCGCGUUUUGGAACCAAACUCUUCAUAUACAAAUGUAAUACAUAUACGUUGUAAUUUACCUGAAUAGAUUUUUUUCAUGGCAAUGUUAUGCUCUUCUUUUUUUUAAUCAUUAUUUUUUAUUAUUUAUUUAUUUUUUAUUAUUGGCCUAUUAAUGCAUUUUUGUUUGAUGCCUAAUUUUCAAUAUAUUCAUUUUUAUAAUGAUAUUUAUAAUAUUUUAAUAAUAUUUUAUAAAAAUGAAUAUAUUGAAAAUAUAUAAUAUUUUUUGCAUUUUAACAAUAUUUGGAGGGCCCCCAGUAAUACAACCACGGACCCCCAAGAGUCUGGACCCCUGUUUAAGACCUAUGGUUUAGACAGUGUAAUCUGAAUCUAACUUCCUGAAAUAAUCAUGUAUGCAUCAGCACAAUGCCAAACGGCUUUCUCAUGGACAGGACCAGACAAAAAAAGGUCUCAUGGCUACAGGGUUUAACUCUCACUGCACAUACGAGAACAAAGUGACCGUAACAUUUUAUGCUUUCAUGCCUAUACUGUGUGCAAAACCACUGACACGAUCACUCGUUCGCUGAAUAAUGAAUGUCACAUGGGUCACUGUAUACCAACACCGAUAGUUCAGGUCCCACAUGUCGAAAAACUACUUGAAAUGUGAUCUUUCGAUGCUAACAAAUCAGAUUUUGCUGCAUGUUUGAACAAACGGUUUUAUAAUGAUUACCACAUGUGAUCUUUUUACCGUUCCAGAAUUGCUUUUACAGUUUGUGCUUCAAAUCCAUUCGAUUUUUAAUCCAGCGUCACUUUAGAAGUAACCCAGACUGCAGACGACUCCGGACCGGAUCCACACCGGAGCUGCAGGCUCGGCAUGGAUCCAGUACGGAUCCGGCCCAGAGUCAUCUGCUGUCUGGGAAGCAUGUUUUUCCUUCGAUAAGGUGAUGUGCUGGUUAAACUUUGAAGCUGUAGCAGUGUUAUCAUCAUUUAUAGAUGUAAAUCUAGAUAAUGUUAUGCGAGAGAUGCAGCGUAACUUAAACCUCCAGCUACUGUAGCAGCAGUCUCAUUUACAAUUAUGCAUUUGGCAGACGCUUUAAUCGAAAGCAUUCAACCCAGACGGCAGACGACGCCGGGUCAGAUCCGUGCGGAAGUCAGCAGAUCCGGUGCAGAUCCGGCCCGGAGUGGUCUUAUCCAUUUCUUUGAUCAGUAUGUGUUCCCUUGGAUCGAACCUAUAACGCAAUGCUCUACCAAGUGAGGAACACAUACUGUACAGUCAUUCCUGGCUUUCCAAAGGACACAGAUCCACAUCAGCCCAACACUCUUAGUCUUGCAGUAUAACAUGACUUGAGUUCAUGUGUAGAAGAACUGCAUGUUUUAACCAAAGUUAGCUAGUAGUAUUAACCAUGUAAUCCACAAUUAGUGAGAUGCAUCGAAACGCGCGUCUUCCUAGCGUCGGAAAAUGUAUGCAUGUCUUAAUUUAUUCUAGUAAUUUAUUCAUACGGCUGCAAGAUUUAGAGCUUCGAAGUAAACGAAUGAAUCCCACUGAAAAGCUGAAAUCUGGAGCAUUAUCGAGGUAUUGAAAGAAGCUCUACAUUCUCGUCUCACAUCACGCAGAAACGUAGCUAGGCAGGUUGUUGGCUGUCGACCCGGACAUUUUCCUGCGAGAUGGUUCAAAUCGCAUCUCGCGUCGCCUGAAGCGGAUGGGACGCGAGAGGCGAUGGUAAGAGAGGGAUGCGAUACUAUUGCGAUCUUUUGCACAAACUCUUCGAAACAUCUUGUACAGUGUCACUUUUUAAAACUAGUGCUGUUCACAAAUUGUUUUUAUGCAUUUUUUUUUAAUGUUUGACACUGUAUUUUAUAUAAUGCAAUAUAAAAGCAGGUUAGAAUGUUUUCUUCCUUGGGUAUAUUUGGUAUGUAUUAUAUUUAUGCUGUAUAUUGUGAAUAAUAUAAGAACUGUGUAAAUUAAUAAAGGACAGAAUGCUUCAUUUACAAUGUUGUAUAAGAUUAUUGAAAAAUGUGUGACCUAUUCUGUCAGGAAUCGCAGGAGACUGAACCCACUCGCAGACAAAAACUUUUAAUACAAAAACGAGAGGGGUAGCAGACACAAUUUUGACUAAAAUAAACGUGACAUAAAACUUGACUUAAAGGCGGAGUGCACAAUGUUUGAAAAACGCUUUGGAAAAGGGAGUCGGGCCGAUUACCAAAACACA